CACACCAGCUGAGCACAAGCGUUGCCAAGUGGACUUGCAGAUACACUCGCAAACUCAGGUCUAAGAACCAUGAAGGUCCUUGCUGUGCUCGUCCUAGCUGUUUUCAGCGGCUGUAAUGCCAACCUUUUCUAUGCUGAUGCACCAAAACCACAGCUGGAUGUGGUGACUGAUGCCUUCUGGGACUAUGUAGCCAAAGCCACCCAGACAGCUGAUGACACCCUCCAGAUGAUCAGGAAGUCUCAGUUUGGACAGGAUGUCAGUGCCCGUCUGACAGAGAGUGCCGAUGUGGCCAGCACGUAUGCCAUCACCCUGCAGGAGCAGCUUCCCCCCGCAGCCCAGGAUAUGAUCACCAAAGUUACCUCAGAGGCCGAAAUGCUGAGAGAGCGCGUGAACCAGGAGCUGAGCGCUGCCAGGGAGAAGCUGGAGCCCUACACCGAAGACAUGAAAGCCCAGCUCCAGCAGAGAGUGGAACAGCUCAAACAGGAGCUGGCCCCCUACGCAGAUUCCGUGGACACUGAGGCACUGAGGACCACCCUGAUGCAGAAGAGUGAGGAGCUUAAGACCAACUUGGAGCAGAGUGUGGUUGAUCUGCAGGCUCAGCUGGGGCCUUACACCGAGGACCUGAAGCAGAAGAUAGAUCUGCACCUGCAGAAUUUCAAGGAGAGUGUGGCGCCCGCGACGGAUAAGUUCCAAAGUGAGCUGACUCAGAGAGCCCAACAGGUUCAAGAAAUGGCUGCCCCCUACGUUGAUGUGCUGAGGACAAGGCUGGACCCCUACGCCCAGGACCUCCAGGCCCAGCUCACCUCCCUCUACGAGUCCUUUGCCAAAGCCAACUAAGUCAAUCUCCACCUCAAGUUAAACAGGAAGAAACUGCAUCUUAAUAACACAAUUCUCCGAUCCCACAACAUGUACAUGUUUAAAUAAUAUAACAACACAAGUUCAGUAGUAUUGAAAGUUGAAAUGUUCUUAAACUAAAUAUUUUUAAAGUACUACAAGAAAAGAAAUAUAAUAAAUAUUGAGUGUUGGUCUGUGACCAAACAUUGUGAACUCUGUCUAUAUUAUGAAAAUAAAGGCCAAACACAAA